AUGGAUGCGUUGGCACGACAGGAUAGUACUGCGAUUGGGGAGGCAAUGGGGGCGUAUAUGACAGAGAAGAGCGGAGAUAAUUUAGAAGUGCUAUUCAAGAGAUAUGGAACGGGAGAUGAGAAUAAGACACCUUCUCAAAAUCCCAUGCAAAAUUCGUAUAAUUUCUUCCCCGAACCCCAACCGAAGGCUCCGGAGGAUAUUUCCCCCACGCCGCGCUUGAGAAUUUCAUCCCGGAGACCGGUUCUGGCGAUAUCACCGACAAGCAAAAUUCAAGCGCAACUUGCGAUACUAAGGAUGGUGCCAAUUCGCCUGCAAAAUAUCUCACCAUCGCUUGUAUGUUACUGCAUCCGCUCUCCCGUGGAAAUACACACAUUAUCAGCUCCAGUCCCGAGAUUCCUCCAAAAAUCGAUCCCAAACAUCUUUUCUCAUCCCCUCGAUCUCGAAAUUCUCUCUCGCCACGUCCGCUAUAUUUCCAAGAUUAUUUCCUUCCCUCGUCUUUCCGCAAUUCUCAAACCUUCCGGAGAGAGAAAUCACGGCGCCCCUUCUGAUAUUACGGAUCUCAAUGCUGUCAAGGAAUAUCUGAAGAAAGCAGCACUGAGUGCAUGGCACCCAACAAGCACAUGUGCGAUGUUACCCUUGGAUAAAGGAGGAGUUGUGAGUGAAAAAUUAAUAGUGUAUGAAACGAAGAAUUUGAGGAUUGUGGAUGCGAGCAUUUUCCCUGUGUCUGCGAGAGGUAAUCGUCAGACUACUAUGUAUGCGGUUGCGGGGAAGGCGGCAGAUUUGAUUCGGGAGGAUCAUGGGAAUAAGGUCUGA